UGUUUCUCUGGCAGGGAGCUGGGGCUCAUCAGGAAGCGCACUCUAUCCUCCAGCUCACAUGCACACACACUGUCUGCUUCAAAUCAGCUGUUCUCAUAUCUGAUCAUCAUUGACUUUGAGUCGACAUGCUGGAGGGAGAAGACCAACCAUGGACAAGAGAUCAUUGAGUUUCCCGCUGUACUGAUGAACACACACACCGGACAGAUCGAGUCUGAGUUCCACUCGUACGUGCAGCCGCAGGAACACCCGGUUCUCUCCUCCUUCUGUACAGAACUCACCGGCAUUACACAGGAGCAGGUAGAGGCGGGGCUUCCUCUGCAGAUCUGCCUGUCCAGGUUUACACGCUGGGUUCAGACGCUGCAGCAGGAGAGAGGCGUAGUGUUCCUGAGAGAUCACACACAGACACACACAGCUGUGUCGGGGAAACACUGCGCCUUCCUCACCUGGUCAGAUUGGGAUCUCGGUGUGUGUUUGCAGUACGAGUGUAAACGCAAGCAGAUCAGUAAACCUGAGGUUCUGAAUAGCUGGAUAGAUCUUCGAGCUACAUAUAGGAUGUUCUACCACCGUAAACCCAAAGGGCUUAACGGAGCUCUGCAGGACCUGGGCAUCGAGUUCUCCGGGCGAGAACACUCCGGUCUGGACGAUGCCCGGAACACGGCCCGAUUGGCCUGGCGCAUGAUCAGGGAUGGCUGCAUGAUGAAAAUAACGAAAUCUGUGAGCAGGGCACCGCUGAAGUCCGGAGCACCGGUGCGAGGUGUGUGUGCUGAUGGACGUGUGUGUAACGAGAGGAAAGAGAAGCGGCCGACACACACCGGCGACACACACACAGGGUUACACACCGUGACAUCAUCACGCACGAGUGUGUGUCAGAGUCUGGUACCUCUGCGCACCGUCCUGUCCUCUAUCACCACCCCACUGCACACACUGUCCGUCACACACGCGUCACGCCCGGACACGUCCGUCACACACGCGUCACGCCCGGACACGUCCGUCACACACGCGUCACGCCCGGAGACGUCUGUCACACACGCGUCACGCUCGGACACGCCCGUCACACACGCGUCACGCCCGGACACGCCCGUCACACACGCGUCACGCCCGGACACGCCCGUCACACACGCGUCACGCCCGGACACGCCCGUCACACACGCGUCACGCCCGGACACGCCCGUCACACACGCGUCACGCCCGGAGACGCCCGUCACACACGCGUCACGCCCGGAGACGCCCGUCACACACGCGUCACGCCCGGACACGCUGGUGUCUGAUUGGCCGGAGGAGUUUGUGUUGACCGAAUUUGGGGAGUCCGGUUCCUAUGACGACGUGGUAUUAGAGGACAUCUCUGGAAACAUGCCCCAAGACUCCGCCUCUCCUAUGUGUAAGACAAAGCCACGCCCACUUAACCCCAACCCCCCUUGUUCCUUUAAAGACCCAAUCAGAUCUCUGAAAGGACUUGGCACAAGAACUCCCACAAUCCCUUUCUCCAUAUACAAUGACCAAUCGCAUCAAUCCUCCUCCUCCUCUUCUUCUUCAGUGUUCCGUGUUCCUUCCUCCGUUCUAUCAUUAACACUCAACCAAUCAGCUCGGCCCUCUGUCUCUAUCAACCAAUCAGCUCGGCCCUCUGUCUCUAUCAACCAAUCAGCUCGGCCCUCUGUCUCUAUCAACCAAUCAGCUUGCUCCUCUAUCCCUAUAAACCAGUCAAAGCUCUCCUCUGUCUCUGUCAACCAAUCACUUGAUUCCAUUUCUCUCAACCAAUCAGCUCUCUCCUAUAUUUCUGUGAACCAACCCGCUCACUCGUCUUUUUCUAGCAACCGAACCCGCCCUUCUUGCUCUGUUAACCAAUCAUCACUCUCCUCCUCCUCUAAGCAGUUGCCCCUCCCACCUCCAAGGGGCAGGGCUAAGGACACAUCCUCUUUCACCAACAAAUCAGUUCUCUCUUCCUUCUCUCUCAACCAGUCAGCUGUUUCCUCUGUCUGCAUCAACCAAUCAGGUCUUUCUCUACUCUCUGCCAACCAAUCAGCUUUCUCCACUUCCUCCUCUAAGCGGUUGCCCCUCCCACCUCUGAGGGGUGGGGUUAAGAUCACAUCUCCUCUGUGUGAUUGUGGCCGGCGGUCGAGGAGGUUGACGGUGUGUAAUGGUGGACCGAACCAUGGCCGGGCCUUCUACACCUGUGCAGGUAGGAGGAGCUCAGGCCCCGCCCCUCGCUACUCCACCCAUACAGGCUCCGCCUCUCGUAACAAUGGGUGUGGCUUCUUUAAGUGGGAGUCGGCUCUGAUUAAAUCUUCAGCUGUGAGCGGAAACACUUCAGCGCUGAGCUUCAACCUGAGAACAGCAGCUUCCAGAAACUUUCGAUAAAGUCCUGUUUGUCUCACUCUAAACCUGUCUCACUGUCUCACUCUAAACCUGUCUCAC